AUGAGACAAACAGGUAAAUUCUUCCAUUAUAAUUUUGAAAAGAAAGAGAGGAAUAAAAACCUGAAGAAUUGCAUUAUAACUAGAGGAAAUAAUUAUUGGAAUUCCAAUUUCUUAUGGAAAGAUGAACUUUGGCACUUCCCAGAAAAUGAUGAAGAACAAUAUCAAAGAUCUUUUCCAGUAGUUUAUCAUUAUCCUCCAAAUGUUGGUGAAUUUUUGCUUGAAGAAUUAACAGUUUCAAAUCAACUAACAUUAAAUCCUGGAUUUAAUGAAUUUGAAUGCCAACCACACACUAUUAUUAAAUUAACUUACACUGGACCAAGUGAUGAAGUUGGCAUUUUCCGUGAUAUGGAUUUCUCAACUCAUGAAGAUAUUAAAAAUUCCUACUUAAUUACUAUAAACGAAGCAACUAAAAAACAUAUUCAUGUUGUUAUGGGGAUUGGCACUGUUGCAGUUGCUCACCUUGUUUUCAAUGCACAAAGCAAACAGAUUCCUCGUAUCAAAGAAAUAUUUGAUUAUCCAUACAACCUUUCAGACGAGAUCUACAAUAAACUUCAUUUUACGUCACCAUAUUAUGCUUUAAUAUUAGGUGAUGAUCUUUUGGAAGUUGCAUUCAUGAGAGAUGAACUUUCAAAUGAUACACUAUGGUAUUCAAAUUCAUAUGAUAUUAAUGGUGAAUUUGUUGAAAUGACAUCAGAUAAAGAAGAAUAUCAUAUAUUAAACACACAUUGUGUUAUUAUGAAGAUAAAACAAAGCUAUAACAAACAUAUCAGUGGAAAUUAUGGUAUCAAAGAAGUAAAGUACAUGAACCCAGGUAAUCAAAAUUAUAAAUCACUUUCAGAGAGAAUUUCUGAUUUUAUAACAAUGUUUGGAUCAUGUGCUAGUUGUUUAAACAAAGUUGUUAUUCCAGAUAAAGUUCCAGAGAAGAAAGAAGAGAAUGUUCCAAGCGGAAAGUAUGCAAUGACACCAGACGAAGAAGAAUAUAAGAUUGGCAAAGGUAAAUUAGUUGUUUUGAGUUAUAGUCCAUCACAGAAAGUCGAAAUCCAUGCUAAGAUUGGCGAUGAAGAAGUCGAUGUUAGUGGAAAGAAGUCAUCAGCCGUUCUAUUCACAGAAGAAGGAACUCUCACUAUCUCUAACAAGAAGAAUAACAAUAACAAGAAAUCACAAGUUUUCAUGUACAUAUACGACAUCUCUAACUAUCCUCCAUUCGACUACUGGAUCUUCAUCACAGGCACGCAGACAAUCCAAGCUAAAGAUUUUGGUGUUUCCAGCAAGUCACUUGUUGGCAAGCGCAUUGCCAUCUUCUCAUCAUUCUUCAAGUCAACAUCAACACUGAACAUCAAACUUCCUAAAGGUGCAGAUGCACAGUUCUAUUCACUUGACGGCAGUUCUGCAAACAUCCGUCGUCACACGAUGGAAGUCGAAUCUCUCGUUCACACAGAACCUAUCGUUAGUGUUAUCACACCAUCAACAGAAGACGAAGUCGAAGAUAUCUCAUUCGAGAUUGCUACAACAGAUUAUCCAGAGCUUGCUAUUGAAGUCACAACAGUCACAGACAUCAAUGAAAUAUCCAUUGUCCCACAAUCAUCAGAGACACCAACACCAACAGCCGGCGGAAAGAAACUUUCAGUUGGUUCUAUCAUUGGUAUUUGUGUUGGUUGUGUUGCUGUGAUCGGCAUCAUUAUUUUUGUUCCCAUCUUCAUCAUCAAACGAAAGAACAAUUCGCGUGUUAGUAAUGGCGACUCAUGUUCCGAAGAUGAACACAAUUCUGAAACAAAUUCAACUAAUAAAACAAACAAUUAA